CAGUACUGAUCAAAACCAAAUGCUUACAAAAUUUCCAUGAUUUUAACUCUUUAAUGGUGCCACAUGGUGAUCAACAGUAAAAAUGACGAAUUUGACCUCUUAGCAAAAGGAAAAACAGCCAACAUAUAAGAAUGCAUGAUUAUAGUGUCAAAAAAUGUUGUUAUAAUGGAAGUCAAUGGGGCAAAAUCAGUAAAUGAGGGAGAAAAAGAUGCAUUAAAGCUAAUGUUUUUACCAAUCUUUGGCAUGCCCAAGAAAAAGGUUAAAACAAAUCCAGUCCACAAUCACUUUUUAUAUUGAAAAUCUGUCAAUUUGUGUUUUUUUCCCAAAUCAGUGACACCACUUAUGAACUUGGCAAUUAAAGAGUUAAAAUCAUGGAAAUUUUGUAAACAUUUGGAAGUUUGGAUCAGUACUGAGAUUGAUUAACAGGUUUAUGAAAAAAAUGUGGAAAAAAAUAUUGAUCUGAUAAUUUUUUUUACAUCUGUUUAAUUUAGUGGCCUUUUUUUGUACAUGAACAACCAGAAAAGGUAGUGAAUUUGGAAAACCCACAAGGGUUAAUCCAUUUUGGUAGUCCUUACAGUGGGUUACAAAAUUGUUAAGCAUAUAAUGUAUAGUCUUUCUGCACUUAAUAUAGAGUUGAACCCAAAAUACACUAGUAGUCAACAUUUGAAGUGGAUGUAAAAAGUUGUCCUAAGACAAUAACAGGUAUUGUUCAAAAUGUUAAGACAACUUUUAUGAAAAGUUAUCAUCCACUUCAAAUGUUGACUAGUAUAGUUGCCCUGUGUUCCAAUAUUGAAGAAAUUUUUGCUGUGUUUGAAUAUUUCCUGUAUAGUGUCAAAACCAUCAACUUCCUAUUAAAAGCCAAAAAUGUAGGCUACUAGUGAACUAGUUAAGGUAUGAACUGUACUGUACAUCAGUUCUGAUCAACAAAAAUUUUAUGAACAGGCCUGUGUUUAUAUGUAGUGGAAGAUUUUUAAUUUUUAAUUAUAGUUUAUGAACUUAUAAUUGUUAAAUGGAAAAUCCUGUUCUUCUGUUCUAGUGAAAGAUUUCUGUUCUUUCCAUCUGUUCAGUAGUAAAAUGUCCAAAGACUGGAACAUUAUGCAAAGUCCUACCAGAUAAGAUAAAGGGGGGCUAGUGAAUGAGAUAAGUAACAAAUGAUGAACAAGUGGAAAAACUCAGUAAACGGUAGAGUUUCACUGAGAACAAAAUAAUUACUUCUAUUUGACAAGAUGUGCUUCAACUGAUAUGUUUCUUAGUCACUGAUAAAUUGAAGGUUUAUUUUCUAAGUGACGCUGGAACUAUGAUGAAAUCUUUGGAUCAUGGGCGGAGAUGGGAUGACUGUGUUUUUCAAUAUCUUACUAUAAAUAUGUGCUCAACCUUGUAAACGGGGCUCUUAGGUUUUUAAACUUCUAGCACCACGGGGGUGAGAGCCUAUUCUGCAGAAUAUAUUAAAUUCAGACAAAGAUAAUUCUGUCGACAGUGUGUCUGUGUGAUCCUUGACUUUCACUCUUAGUGAGUAUUAUUUGAUGCGGCUAAAAUUCCACGACAGAUAUUCUGACAACCUCCUGCUAGCUGUAUCGCUAAUAAUUAAAACAUAAAUAUGAGGCCACUGUUUUAAUGGAUAACAUUAAUUGUUUACACCUCAACACAUCUGUGAAGCCUUGAAAGAAAAUAUCCAGUUUCUGGACCUACACAUGCAUAACGAUUUGUUCCCUAACCUUUCUGUACCUUUAUGUCAUACAUUUUGUAGUCAGGGCUCUGAGAAAGUCCCUUUUGGCUGGCAAAUGUUAUGAAAUGAAUAUGACAUUUAAUCCAAACGUUAAUUGGUUUUACCACACCAAGUUUCAAAAUUUCGAAGAAAUACAACAAGUCACCUAUAGAAAAGAAUAGGUAUAUUGGGUACUUUUGAAGAUUUACUAAGAACAAACUAACAAACUACUAAGUUAAAAGUAACAUUAAACAUAAACUAGUCUUUGUCUUUACUGAAUAAAACUAAAAUAACAGCCUCAUGCAAAACAAUCUGGAAACAAAAUCUGAGAAAAAAAAACUGAACAAUGUUGAUGAGGAUUUCUGGUUCUGAUUAGUUUAUUCUGUAAAGACAAAGGUUUUGGUCCAUGGUUUUCAACAUAAUUUUCCUGUUAUCCACCAUGUUUUAAGUGUUUACUGUUUUACCCAAUGACUGAAUCUUCUGAUGAUCUUGUCAAGCAUGUUGUCAUGUGCUUGCGUGGGCCAUUCUACAGAAUUGGUGCAACUAAUUCUGCACCUGAGCCUCCCCAAGGUCCUUAUGAAUGAACUUUCUACAUUACAGUCAUAGAUACAGACAGGCACUUUCACUAAAACCAACUAAACAAAACUUAACCAACCUGUCACACCAACUAGGUACAACAAACCAUUAUAGGCUGGCUUAAGCUUUUUCUCUUGCGAAGAAUGUAGACACAUGCACAUUUUCAAAGGGAGGACAUAAAGGAGGAAAACACCAGGAGGAGAGAUUGCAAAUAACCUGACCUCAUAGAAGAGGACCUCAUAGAGAGCAUGGCUAUAAUGAAGAAUCAAGAAAGAAAUCUGUGUGUCGUUCUGCCAAAUAACACACAAUUGAACAUCACUGUUGGGGUUAAGGGCAGAGGACAAGAUGUGAUCAACAAACUGUCUGAUCUACUCGACAUCAGAGAGCUUCACCUCUUUGGUCUGAGUGUGAUAAAGGACAAUCAACUUCUGUUUCUGGAUCUGGAACAAAAACUGUCUAUGUACCUCCCAAAAUCUUGGAGAAAGAAUACAUUAAAGCAUAAAGUGGUUAUCCAUCUGAAGGUGCAGUACUUUGUUGAAAAUGCCCAGCUAAUUCUAAAUGAUGAGGCCUGCAAGCUGUAUUACACUGAGAUAAAGUCCCGAGUUUUGGGUUCUACGUGUUAUGAUCAUGAAGGAUUAUACUUCCAAUUGGCUGCAUAUUCCAUGCAGGCAGAACUGGGUGACUACAAACAGGGAAAUAUUGACCAACCAAAGGAUUUUUUCCCUUUGUGGAUAAUACAAAGGCGUGGGAAAGACUUCAUCCUCGAGCACACACCAGCCUUGCACCGGGAAAUUACGGGAAUGUCCUCUAGCAAGGCUGCUCGGCUUUUCAUACAGAAUGCUUUUAUCCUGAACGACGUGCCCGUUACCAUCUACACGCUGUUUAAAGGGAAGAGGAAACUAGGUGGUGUUGUCCUCGGUCUGGCAUCAACAGGACUACAAAUAUCUGAGAUGCUGAAUGGAGAACAACAGUUUCUGUAUGAAUUGCCCUGGUCAAGCAUUCACUCAGUUACCUUCCAGGGCAAGAAGUUUGAGAUUCGUGCUGAUGCCUUGCAUGGAGGAAAGGUGGUGUUCUACAAUCUCUCUGUCCUCCACGCCAAACACCUGCUCCAGCAUAUAAGCAACAGUCAUAGACUGCAUCUCAACACAAAACGCAUGGCUAUUCAGUGCAAGGAAACAAACGAGACAGACACAUACAGAGAGAUGUAUGUGACGGAUGAUAUGAACAUCGAGGAGAGUGAUGAUGACCUUCCACCAAUGAAAUUUCUCUUAGCCAAUGCAAAAAACAUUUUAAAAGACUCUGACAUCACAAUUAACUCUUAUGGAUUGGAAAUGAGUGUUGAUGAACCAGUGGAAAUGUUGGUGGAUGACCCUAAGGACGUCCUGCAUUUAUUCGAGCUGUUGGAGGGUGAAUCUGUGGAUGAUCCGUGCACCGUAUAUAACUUCCAUUGAA